UUCUCUCUCUUUCUAUGAAUGGAAUAGUAGUUCGGUGCUCAUUUAUGAUUUGCAUGUAUGCAAGAUUUCAUCUUUGAUUUGCAUGCAUCAUGUAUUAAUAUCAAUAUAUGUACACACUCUCUCUCUAGACUUUUCUUUCUCUCUCAAAAAUCUUCCAUUCUUUUCAAUACUACUUCAAGUUGUAGUGUGCAUGCAUUUAUUCAGCCACAGUGCAUUGAAACAUUCAGUAAUCAAUAAUCCUUCUUGAUUGUAGAAACCUCCAUACUGAUUUCUACCACUAUGUCUGUUUUUUGGUGCUAUUUUUCAUGGUUUUUCUCUUGAAGAAUUAAUUUACCCUUCAAAAAGAGAGUAUUUUGAGCCAAGAUUGAGUCUUUCUUCAUCUAGUGCAACAUUGAUGAUCUGGGUUUUUGUCUAAUGGGGAUAAAAAUGGCAUAUUUAUGUUUUUUUACUCUAUUUUUAGUAACUGUGUCAUUUGGGUAUGUUUCAUGUUUGAGAAAUACUACUUUAGAGACUCUUUUAGAGGUAAAGAAAUCCUUUGUGGAAGACCCAAAUGGUGUACUGAAAACCUGGUCUGAUAAAAACCCAGAUUUCUGCAAAUGGAAUGGAAUCUCUUGUGAUGAUGACUCAGUUGGUAACUCGGACCGAGUUGUACUGAGUCUUAACCUUUCUGGGUCAUCACUCACUGGGUCACUAUCCCCUGCACUUGGUAGUUUAAAGCAACUACUCCACCUUGACCUCUCUAGUAACCAACUCAGUGGUCCCAUCCCAACAACUCUUUCAAACCUUUCCUCCUUAGUAUCUUUACUUCUUUUCACAAAUCAGCUAAGUGGGCCUAUCCCUACUCAACUUGGCUCACUCACAAGCCUCAAUGUCAUGAGGAUAGGUGACAAUGAUCUCACAGGUCCAAUCCCUACAUCAUUUGGCCAACUUUCUAAUUUAGUCACCUUGGGUUUAGGCUCUUGUAGUCUCUCUGGUUCAAUACCUUCCCAAUUAGGAAAGUUAACCAAGCUUGAAAAUUUGAUCCUGCAAGAAAACUAUUUGGUGGGUCCAAUACCAGUUGAGCUAGGAAAUUGCACAAACCUUGUUCUUUUUGCAGCAGCUGAGAAUAUGUUAAACGGCAGUAUCCCUCAAGAAUUGGGUGAGCUUCAGAAUCUUCAAAAUCUGAACCUUGCAAAUAAUAGUUUAUCAGGUAACAUUCCUGACCAAAUUGGUGAUAUGGGUCAGCUUGAUUACCUAAAUUUGAUGGGUAAUCAGCUUGUGGGUCCCAUCCCCAAAUCAUUGACCAAGUUGGGUAAUCUUAGAAGCAUUGAUUUAUCAAUGAACAAGCUCACUGGAUUCAUACUUGAAGAGUUUGGACAAAUGAAUCAGUUAGUGAACCUGGCUUUAUCUGGCAAUACACUUUCUGGUACAAUACCAUCCAGUAUUUGUGCUAAUGCAACAAGUCUUCAGAGCAUGUAUCUGUCAAAUACCCAACUUUCCGGUGAAAUCCCACCAGAAAUUAGUCAAUGUCAGUCACUGGAAAUCCUUGACUUAUCCAACAAUACACUCAACGGGUCGAUACCCGUUGAGUUAUAUCAGUUGGUUGAACUAACUGAUUUGUAUUUGUACAACAACAGUUUAACUGGUGCAAUUUCUCCUGCUAUUGGAAACCUCAGCAAUUUGCAGAGUUUGGCAGUUUACCUGAACAAGCUUGGAGGAAAUUUGCCUAAAGAGAUUGGUAUGUUGGGAAAUCUUGAGGAAAUUUUCAUCUAUGACAACCAAUUUUCAGGGGAAAUUCCUUUGGAAAUAGGCAAUUGUUCAAGCUUACAGAUGAUUGAUUUCUAUGGGAAUCACUUCAAUGGGAACAUACCUAGUACCAUAGGUCUUCUUAAAGAAUUGAAUUUCCUGCAUCUCAGAGAAAAUGAUCUGGUGGGUGAGAUUCCACCUAGUUUGGGUGAGUGUCAGCAGCUUUUAAUCCUUGAUUUGGCUGAUAAUCAUCUCUCUGGUGGGAUUCCUUCAACAUUUGGAAACCUGAAAUCUCUGCAGCAGUUUAUGCUGUAUAAUAACUCACUUGAAGGUAAUAUCCCUGAUGAACUGAAAAGCUUGUCUAAUUUGACAAGAAUUAAUCUUUCCCAUAACAAAUUGAAUGGUAGCAUUUCUGCAUUGUGUAGUUCCACUUCAUUGCUUUCUUUUGAUGUCACUAACAAUGAAUUUGAUCAUGUAAUUCCUCCUCAAUUGGGGGACUCACCCUUGCUUGAAAGGUUAAGACUAGGGAACAACCAUUUCAUUGGGGAAAUCCCUCCAACAUUCGGGUUCAUUGGCGAAUUAUCCCUUUUAGAUCUUUCCAAAAACUCGAUUUCUGGCUCGAUACCCUUUGAGCUUUCAUCGUGUAAGAAACUAUCCCAUCUUGAUCUUAAUGGAAACCGUCUCACCGGAAAGCUCCCAACUUGGUUUGGGAGUUUGCCCAUGUUGGGGGAACUCAAACUGUCCUUGAAUUCGUUCAUUGGUCCUUUGCCACCCCAAUUAUUCAACUGUUCUAAGCUCCUUGUCCUUUCCCUGGAGGACAAUCAGUUGAAUGGUACAUUACCCAUUGAAAUUGGUAAUCUUGGUUCUCUUAAUGUCCUUAAGCUCAGUAAGAAUCAAAUUUCUGGCUCUAUCCCACCUUCAAUAGGGAAAUUGAGCAAACUCUAUGAGCUACGACUGUCGGAUAAUCAACUCAAUGGUGAAAUCCCAGUUGAUAUUUCUCAACUUCAGAAUCUCCAAAUCAUGCUAGACCUUAGUUCAAACCGUCUUACCGGAUCAAUUCCACCACAAAUUGGACUGCUUUCUAAGCUUGAAGCUCUCAGUUUAUCUCACAAUCAGCUCACAGGAGAUAUACCGCCUCAGAUCGGUGAAAUGAGUAGUUUGAGCCUUCUUAACCUUUCAUACAAUAACCUUGAAGGGAAACUUGAUAAACAGUUGUCAAAAUGGCCAUCUGAUGUUUAUGAGGGGAAUAAAUUACUCUGUGGAAAGCCUCUUCUUCGUUGCGAUUCAGAUAACCCGAGAAAUAAACAUACACCAGGAGCAUUGAUACUUCCAACAUUUCUAAGCAUUGUUGCUGCGAUUGUCGUACUACUUGGUGUCGCCAUUUGCAUUAAACGAAGACGAGAGAUUAUGCAGAGAUCGCGGGUUUUAGGAGGGAGCACUUUCUCCUCUAGUUCUUCGAAUACAAACCGGCGUUUACUCAAUCUGAAAUCACCUAGGAGGCAGUCAGAAUACAGAUGGGAUGACAUAAUGGAAGCAACAAAGAAUCUGAGUGAUGCUUUUAUAAUUGGUUCUGGUGGUUCUGGCACAAUUUAUAAGGCAGACUUAUCGUUCGGAGAGACAGUAGCCGUGAAAAAGAUAGCACGGAAAGAUGAUCUGAUGUUAGAUAAGAGCUUUUCCAGAGAGAUUAAAACUUUGGGGAGGAUAAGGCACAGACAUUUGGUGAAACUAAUAGGGUACUGCAGCAACAAAGGCGAAGGCUCGAAUCUGUUGAUAUAUGAUUAUAUGGAGAAUGGGAGUGUAUGGGACUGGCUGCACGGACAAGGAAGCAGCGGCAAGAAGGGGGAAAAGAAGGGACUCGAUUGGGAGACGAGGUUGAGAAUCGCUGUGGGGUUAGCUCAAGGUGUGGAGUACCUGCACCAUGAUUGUGUGCCGAAAAUCAUUCAUAGAGAUAUCAAGUCAAGUAAUGUGCUGCUGGAUUCUAACAUGGAGGCUCAUUUGGGCGAUUUUGGACUCGCGAAACAACUCCAUAGCAAUUAUGAAUCUCUCAAUGAUACUGAAUCCAGUGUGUUUUUUGCUGGAUCCUAUGGAUACAUCCCACCAGAGUAUGCAUACUCAUUGAAGACAACAGAAAAAAGUGAUGUUUACAGCAUGGGAAUUGUAUUAAUGGAGCUCGUAACUGGAAAAAUGCCAACAGCUACAUGCUUUGGUACAGAUAUGGAUAUGGUGAGAUGGGUCGAAAACCAUAUGGAAAUGGAAGGAUCAGAACAGGAGAAGCUGUUCGACUCGAGAUUGAAGCCUCUAUCCCCCAAUGAAGAAAAUGCAGCUCUUCAGGUUCUUGAAAUUGCACUGCAAUGCACCAAGACUUACCCUGCCGAAAGGCCAACUUCGCGCCAAAUCUGUGAUCAACUCUUGCAAGUUUACAGGAACAGGACAGUCAGUUUCACCAAGAGUGACAGUAGCAUAGUUUGAAGUUAUCCUGAAUCUAUGUUAUUAGUUUAAUCCAAUGAUCAGUAGUUUGCUUUGGAAGAUUUUUUUUAAUUAAGUAUUUUCAGGAUUUGAUGCUAACAAGCAACAAGAAACUAAUUAUCUGAAGACUAUUAGUUGACAUUGGUAACUUAUUAUAUUUAUGAAUUUUGCUUGCAGCUAUUAUAUGAUGUAAAUAAAUAUUUCAAUGAAAUGAAGAUGGUUUUUUAUAUCUUUGGACGGUUUAGUUG